CUAAUGGUACAACUCAUCAAUUAAUAACAGAAUGUGCAUUAUACACAAUAACAUGUGAUUACCUGAAUAAAAUAUACAAAACAAAUAUUCAAACUCCGACAAUUACAAAUGGUAGUUGUCCAACAAGUAUCAGUGAUUCAUUAAAACAAGCAUUUAAAAAACAAUCACUUGACUGGAUUCAAUACAAGUUAACAAUCGUCUAUAUCACGGCAAAAAAUGAAUUAGUUGAUGCAGAGGAACAGACAAAUGCUCCAAGUCAUUUUGAUAGUGAAUCAUUUACCAAUGCAUCUCAGUUAAUUCUGGAUCGUUAUACAUCGGCUAUUAAUGCAGUAAAAUUGAACGAGUUUGACGAUGCCAAUGAAUUCUUUGGAAGAAUGUUACAUACAGUACAAGAUUUUUAUAGCCAUUCAAACUGGAUUGAACUUGGUCAUCGAGUGCCACAUUCGCAACUGGGCGUUUCAAAAAUAAUCGCAGGAAUUGCUACUCCAAGUCAACGAACAUGUACAAAUUGUGUUUCGGGUACAAGUACUUGCGAAAAUAACGUUGAUUCAUCCAUAUUGAAUGCUAACUUAUUAACAAGUGGUUACUUUUCUCUUCUAAUUCCGAAACAAUCAAGCAAGCCUAAAGGAAAAUGCAGUCAUGGUGGUGACCUUGACGGUACAAAGACGUUCGAUGCCAUAGGUGGAAUUAAUAAAGACACACCAGCAUCUGUUCAUGGUUAUCUUCACUAUGCUGCAGCACAAACCGCUUAUUUAGCCACAUAUAAUACAUUAAAACAAUUUUGGAAUAACAUCACCGAUAAACCGUUCGGAAAUUUUCUUUCAAUCAAAGCAUGUAUACUACCAAUAUUGCUUAAUAAUUCAUUAAUAUCAUCCACAAAACUUGAUCACAAUAUUAUUCUUCAGAUAAAUGACUCCUAUGUGUACACUACUCUAUUACAAAGAUUACAAAAUAGUUCAGAAAAAUUUUAUAGACUUGCUGUUAUUGUUUCUUAUCCUGCUAUUGACACUUAUUAUAAAACACAUUGUGUGGCUGUUGCCACUAAGAAACACAUUACUAUCGAUAUAUUUCGUAAUUCAACAAUGGCAUCUACACAACUAAAUGAUUAUGGUUAUGAUGUAAGUCGAUUGACAGGCGGUUUAUAUGUUCAUCGUUUUAAUGCAACAACAGCUUAUUUGAAUGAUAUUCAACAAUUAUAUGCUAAACAACCGCCGGGUAUGGUACAAACACUCGAUCAUUUAACACGUCAGCGUACAAACAAAACACUGGCUGUUAACAUUGAUCAAACAUGUAAACAAUUGUACAUUGAGUUUGUUACAGCUAAAAAAACAAACCCAUUUUUACUUCAGUUACAAGCAUUGAAUAAAUCGCCUCUCACACCCGUCCUUCUCGUCAAUACACCGUUCUAUAAAGUAUACACAUUAGAAAAUAUAUCAGUAUUUGGCCUAUGGGAUGUUGUUUAUUUCGACGACACUGUUAAUCAUCUUGAAAUACGUUUAUCUUGUUUGAGUGAUUUGAAAUGUUAUUCAAUAGUUAGUGUUCAUAAUGCAAAUAAUGUUCAUUCAGGUGAUGUUGAACUUCAUGGAAAUAUCAUACAAGGACAUAAAGCACAUAUCGAAACACAAUGUUAUGCUCAGUCUCCAAUUAAUGACGUAAAAAUGAUGCUUGUGGAUGAAACAGGUGACACAGUGUUAAUAGCAAAACAUAUUCGACAACAUCAGAUAAAUCACGAUCACUGGUCAACAAAAAUCACUGUGCCACCAUCGAAACAAUCAUUUCGAAUCAAAAUUGUGAGUAAUAACGGUAAUAUUCAGCGUGUGAGUGAUAAACUCUAUCAGACAAGUCAAAUCGAUGUGUCGUUUAAUUUGUCGAGCGUACAAGCUUAUUUAUAUUAUUAUGAGCAUACAUCGAUCUCCUAUACAAUGAAAAACUAUGCAGAAUCAUCAGUAUCACUGACAUUAUUAGCUAAAGACACAAAUAAUUAUUUUGAAGAAAAACACUAUAUAUUGUCACCAAAUCAGAUUAAAACCGAUACAGUCUGGUUGUAUCCAAUACCGAAUGGAAACACUACAAAUAGUGAUACACAGCAACAACAAACAGAUCUUCUUGCACUUACGAUCACAUCGGGGUUAGGCAACAAUUAUGAUAUAUUGUAUUAUCCAUUGCAUCCUUUGAUGGGAGGAACUUCUUGUUUAAAACCUCAAUAUUUUCUUUCUUUUAUAUGCUUUUUACAUAUUUUUAGAAAAUAA